GCGGAGGGCGAGAGCAGAGAAUGAGCGAGCUCCUCCCCCGCCGGCUGCAAGCGGCUCGGGCGGGUGGUGCGCGCCAGGCCGGCUCCGGAGAAGCCCAGCAACCCAGCUCUCCAGCCAGGGCUUAAGCCAUACAGACUUGCAUGCCUCCUGAAUUGCUUGAACACCUGUUAACUUUUAAAGACAGAUGCCUUUGUAAAGGAAUCGAGACUGAGGAAGGCUGAAGACAGGCUGAUGGGCUCUGUUGGCGGGCUCUACUGUCUCACCAUGACCGCUGAAAACCCGACGCCUGGAGACCUGGCUCCUGCCCCCCUUGUCACCUGCAAACUCUGCUUGUGUGAACAGUCUCUGGACAAGAUGACCACGCUCCAGGAAUGCCAGUGCAUCUUCUGCACAGCUUGCCUGAGACAUUAUAUGCAGCUGGCAAUCCGAGAAGGCUGUGGGUCUCCCAUCACUUGCCCUGACAUGGUGUGCCUAAACCACGGGACCUUGCAGGAAGCCGAGAUUGCCUGUCUGGUACCUGUGGAUCAGUUUCAGCUUUAUCAGCGGUUAAAAUUUGAACGAGAAGUUCACCUGGACCCCCAUCGAACGUGGUGUCCUGUUGCAGACUGUCAGACCGUGUGUCCGGUUGCCACUAGCGAUCCAGGCCAGCCUGUGUUGGUGGAGUGCCCUUCUUGCCACCUGAAAUUCUGCUCAUGUUGCAAGGACGCUUGGCACGCGGAGGUCUCCUGUCGAGAGAGUCAGCCUGUUGUCCUGCCCACAGAACAUGGGGCACUGUUUGGGACAGGUGCAGAAGCCCCCAUUAAGCAAUGCCCAGUUUGCCGUGUUUACAUUGAACGCAAUGAAGGCUGUGCUCAGAUGAUGUGCAAGAACUGCAAGCACACGUUUUGCUGGUACUGCCUCCAGAACCUGGAUAAUGACAUUUUCCUCAGACAUUAUGACAAAGGGCCAUGCAGGAAUAAACUUGGCCACUCAAGAGCAUCGGUGAUGUGGAACCGAACACAGGUGGUGGGGAUCCUCGUGGGACUAGGUAUCAUUGCCUUGGUGACUUCGCCCUUGUUACUCCUGGCCUCCCCGUGUAUCAUCUGUUGUGUCUGCAAGUCCUGUCGGGGCAAGAAGAAGAAGCAUGACCCAUCCACAACGUAAAGCACUCUGUAAUCCCGUGCCACAGACGUUUGGUUUCUGUGAGACAGCACAUGAAAAAGCCCCACUGAGUGACGCUGCCUCCUUUUCCUUGCCAAAUUCUGGAAGUGCCUCUGUGUCCAGACCUUGAACUUGCCUGCAAGCCUUUGUCCGUGCUGGAUUGGGAAAGGGCAAGUCCUGGCUGCAAGUGCUCCUGUGCAACCAGAACUGGGCGCCGCAGUCUGGCUGUGUCUGUGGAGCGUGUCGGGAGUUUCGGGGUUGCUUAGGAGGAAUUUGUACAUCUUCAUUUUAUCGUUCAAAGGAUCCCACCGAACUGUUAGUCUUCCAGCCAAAUUCAAGGAGCCUAAGUGAACAUUCAAUACAAUAAAUAUGCUUUUAUGAUUGACAGCAUACAGGCUGAGAAGAAAGUGUGUUCUGUGUUGAUUUGCCACAGUGGGAAACAUAAGGGAGGGGAACCCCCUUGUGGGAGGGAAGGCUAAGACUACAUAAAGAGAAACUCUCCUAAGAGGUCUACUGUAAAGCAGGCUGCUUAUCUUAGGAGUCGAUAUGUUGGUUGUGGCUCUGCCAGUUACUGGGUGUGCUGUUCCCAACUUUCCCACAGUGAUUUGGCAGAAACACAAUAGGUUUUUCCUUGUGUGAUCUCAGCUUCAAGCGGGAGAAACUGCUGGGUGAGGGAGUUGUCCUUUCCCGGUAAAAGGGUUGCAGCAUGUAAAACAACAUGGGCUAAUUUAGCAUCUGUCCUUUGGCAACUGUUACUUUUCUAAGGUGGCCAGCUCUUCUCUUACAGGCAAGAGCUGUGGUCUACAAAAUUAUUGUAUAUGAAGUAAGGUUAGAGUAGGAGAGAUUCAAAACUUUCAUCCUGGAUAACAGGGACCUUUGUUGGCAUCUGUUCAUACAAUCAGCUGAUUUGGAAUUGGGUCUAAAAGUAUACAUCAAGGCUAAACAUUAAAUUCCACAUGUACAACUAGAAUCCGUAUGACUUACAGCCUACCUAGAAUUUCUAUCCGUUGGGCACGCCUGGAGACACCCAGUAGUAGACACAAAAUAAAUUUUUACAUAAAAGUUAUUCUUUCUUUCAGUGACUAAAAUGUUUUAUCAUUAAUCAGCCUAAAGACGUUUGCAUAGUUUAUAUGUGAAUUUUAGUUGCAAGCUCAUAACUUCCCCAGGGGCAUGGACUCAGAAACCAUUCUUUUAAAAUGAAACUUAGUAUGGUAGUACACUAUCUCUGUAAAAACCUUAAUUGAUAAUUAAGAUAUUUGCAUAUUUUCAAACAUAAUUCAGAGCAACUUUCUUCUCAGUAUAAUUUAGCACAAUUUUUUCUACAUCCAGUAGGACAGUCUGGAUACUUUCUGUGUAUACAAGGCACUGAUAAGACAAUAAAAAGGUGUAUAAGAAAUAAAACGGUAGUAUUUUAUAUAUUUCAAAUAAUUUGGGUUGAUAUCACUGUAGUAUGACUUAUGUUUCCCAUUGUACUAUUAGAUUUACAUAAAUGGGCUUUGAAAGGACAUCACGUGUUUCUCCAAUGACAAGAUUAGGUAGUUGCCGUUAGCAUUACAGCCUGGUGCUUCAUGAGAACUACACAAACGUUGAUGGAGACCUCUCUUGGAAGACAGGGGUACUCUAUCAGGAAAUAUUCAGGACUAGCAUAGUUUCUGAGGUAACUGGGUAACUAGAUUAUUAAAUUGCUGCUAUCUGGACCUAUUAUUAAAGGGUGAAGAUUUGUCUAUGGAAUGGAAUGUAUCCUAAGUGGGGAUGUAUAUAUUUAAGAAAUUUUAAUUCUCACAUAUAUAUUGUUACCUUAUACACGUACAGUGCAUUCAUUGGUCAUGUACUUUUUUAUUUACCAUUUAUAUAGAACAUAGCUGAGAACUCUGGGAAAACUUGAAUGGCAACCAUCCAAAAUCAUUUUUUUAAGCAUUUAUUAGAAAUUUCUCAGUAGUGAGUGACUUAGUUGUCCUUUAAAUAUCUAAACACUUCAGAGAAAAACCCUCUUCCAUCACUGUAUUUCAGUAUUUUUCAUAGUAGUAUAAACGUAAGUGUACCUAUAGUUGAAUAGUUAAUUUGCUUUGUUUUACAGAUAGCCUACUUCCUCAUUGUAAAGGGCAUUGAUCACUGCUCAGGGGAUCACAGAAACUCAACUGAAAUUGAAUUUUGUACCAAAAGAAUGUCAGAGGAGGCGAUGUACUCUUCCAUUAGUAAACUCUUGAGUGUGGCUCACAAAGGCUCCUUAAACGGGCAGAUUUCAAGUAACUGAGAUUCUGUGAUCUCAGAGGAAGAGUUCAUGAAUUUGGAGUAAAAGUGGAAGAAAAUGUCUAUGCUAUUUCCUCGGCAAAACUAAAGGAAUUAUCUUCUCACAGUGAUUUUAUAACAGAAUUAGCUACCUUUGGGGGGGCGGGCAGGGCUAGGGAGUAAAGAAUGUUUGUCAAACUGAUUUUAAGUAACUAGAUUUAAAAAUUUUUAAUGAUGUUAAAGUGCCUGUAAAGUGGUGACUUCUUUAAAUAAUAAUGUGCGCGAGUUGUCAGAACUAACAGGAACGGGUUGGUAGGUUGAACCCAAACAUAUCUCUGGUGCAUGAAAGGGAAGGAUGCAAGCCAAACUAGAGACUUCCUUUACAAAGAAGAGCGCUGACAGCUCGGUUGAUAUGUUCAUCUUGGAUAAUUGGCCAGUGACAGAGUUUAACCUUGUUUCUUCCUCUCUUAGCUUUAUUCUUUCCUGGAGAUCCUUUUUCUGUUUCACAAUGAGCAUGGGGCUGGAUGUUGUAACAAAAUCUUUUGGAGUUUGGAGCAGUAGAGUCUAUUUGAAAUAGAAUUUUUCAACUGGCUAAGCUGUAAUCUGGUGUAAAAACCCACCACCCAGACAUGGUCAGAUAAACUGGUACAAAUCUAGCCACUGCCUUCUCUAGGAAUCUUUCUCAUGCUAUUAGACACUGAGGUGAGGAGGGAAGCCAUAUGAAAGCAGAUGUUAGAAUCUUAGGCAUCUUAUUUGUUCAUGCUGUGGGUAUUUGCUUUGGAUUUGAAAUCUGUACUUUGAAAGUGGCCUUUGAAAAACAAAUAAUUCACAGUGUGAGUUUUUCUUGUCGUCUGCAUCACAAAAAUGUUAUCUAUCCAGGCUUGAAAAAUCUACAUGUUUAUUUGAAUGUAAAUCACUUGUUUUGUACAACCUAAAUUUUCUCUUUAAAAAUAUUCAGGAUCUAUGUAUGUAUUUCUUUAGCUUUCUGUACACAGUGCUUCUAAAGGACUUUUCUUUCUGUUCAUGAAUAGAUGCCUUUAUGUGUAUAGAAUCUUGUACAUAUGUGUAGUUUUAAGGACUAUUUCAGAAAUGCCUUUGAUGAACGAUGUUUUAUAAAGCUGUCAGAAUUGAUAUCUCUGAGCUCUUACAUCUCAUGUUGAUUCAUGAUCCAGGAUGUUUUGUUAUGUACUUACAAAAUUGCUAUUGUAUUAUAUUUUUCCAGUUCUUUGGAAGUAAAAUAACUGUUUUAGUCUCCCUGGCCCCAAUAAAUGUGAGCAGGAAA